GUUGGAAACCGGGAGGGCCCCCAACGGCUCUUUCUUUUCCCUCCAGAAAAGGAACUGCUGGUGGGAGCGACCUGGAAUCCUCCAAGGCGGUUUUGCCGGAUUUCCUUUCUUCGGCUUUGGUCGCCCGGGAAAAUAAAAUCGGCUUUCACUGGAAGGCCAUUUCUUUUUUAAAACAAAAAGAAAAAAUCGUGCUGGUGAUCUACGUCUCUGGCCCCUGGUGCUUUGCUCAGUCGGCAACCAUCCGUUCGAGAGUUCGUCUUUCCGGUUUCCUUUUUCCCGCAUGCCCUAUAUGCUUCUCGCGGGAGGACGUAAUAUCCGGAUCAGGGAUCUCUGUGUGCGACAUUCUAUGCCUUCAAGAGGUGGGAUCCCAACUUUUUUCUCCUUGUCUGUCUGCAAUCUCUCAUGAGAAACCGUGGGUCAUCGCCGGCCGACGGACAGAGUGUUCGAGGUCGGAUGGGCGAUGAUUUGUGUGCCUGAUAUGGAUGCAGGAUCUGGGUAUCGACUGACAGAAGACAAAAUGGAGGAUCCGUUUGGGAAUCGGGAGUUUGCUAAUAAUGACGACGGUAUCAGGCACGGUUACGGGGAGGUCCUGAUGUGAGCUGGGAGAGCCUGACACUGCAUAUUGCAUGUUAUGAGGCUACAUGUUUGACACCACCUUCCUGUGGCAAUUCUCUGUUCAGACUCAGAGGUCUCUCUUUUAUUAAUAAGGAUAUAGUACCUGUGUCAUCUCCAAAAUGAAUGAUGGAGGGAACCUUGAUCAUCUUGAAUAUCCACUUGUUGAAAGAAGGAAAACAUUACCAGAUCCAUGUGAGAAGGAGAAGCGUGUCAGUCUUUGGACAUUGAUCAAAGAUAAUAUUGGAAAGGAUCUUAGCCGUGUUUGCCUUCCUGUUUACUUUAAUGAACCAAUCUCGUCACUGCAGAAGUGCUUCGAGGAUUUGGAAUAUUCUUAUCUUCUAGAUAGGGCAUACAAAUAUGGCAAAACAGUAAGAUUAUGCUUGGGAGACGGUCUCAUGAGGGUUCUACAUGUUGCUGCCUUUGCAAUAUCUGCUUAUUCUUCGUCAGAAGGUCGACACAGGAAGCCAUUUAAUCCAUUGUUGGGCGAAACUUAUGAAGCUGACUAUCCUGACAAGGGUGUUCGUUUCCUCUCUGAAAAGGUCAGUCACCAUCCAACUAUCAUUGCUUGUCACUCUGAAGGCAAUGGAUGGAAACUAUGGGCUGAUAGUAACCUAAAAACCAAAUUUUGGGGGCAUGCCAUUCAGCUUGAUCCUGUUGGGGUUCUAACCUUAGAGUUUGCUGAUGGUGAAGUUUUCCAGUGGAGUAAGGUAACAACAACCAUUUACAAUGUCAUUGUUGGUAAACUAUAUUGUGGUCACCAUGGCAUGAUGCACAUAAAGGGAAACCAAAAAUAUUCUUGCAAAAUCAACUUUAAGCAGCAGUCUCUUGUAGACCGUAAUCCUCACCAAGUACAUGGACUUGUUGAAGACGAGAAGGGACAUGUCCUUGCAAGUAUAUUUGGGAAAUGGGAUGAUAGCAUCUUUUAUGUUUCUGGGGAUAUUAAUGCAAAACCGAAGGGUUACAAUCCAGUGUCUGAAGCUUUCUUACUAUGGAGAAGAGUUAGGCCUCCAGCUGGCCUAACUAAAUAUAACUUGACAUCAUUUGCAGUUACUGUCAAUGAGUUAACUCCAGAACUGAAGGAAAAGCUCCCACCCACAGAUUCAAGACUUAGGCCAGAUCAGCGGCAUCUAGAGAAUGGGGAAUAUGUUAAGGCAGAUGCAGAGAAGCUGCGUCUGGAGAAAAGGCAACGGAUGUCGAGGAAACUACAAGAAAGUGGGUGGAAGCCAAGGUGGUUCCAGAGGGACGAUGCCAGUGGCACGUUUCAUUACACAGGUGGAUACUGGGAAGCACGCGAACAGAGGAGUUGGGAUGGAUGCCCUCAUAUCUUCAGUUGAUUUUGCAAGAAGCCUUUGGAAAGUGACAGUUGAAGUGAACUUAUGCCUGUGGGCUGUAGUUCUUUGGUUCCUUCAAGUAACGCCCGGAGGAGAUGCCUUUUUGUGUUAUGAGCACACACAGAAUUCAGAUGGCAGAGGACUCAAAAGCGGGUCAGCGCAUAAGGGGGAUAUCGGAAAGCGAGCUUUAGAUCUAAAGGAAAUUCUUUCCAUUGGCAUCAAAUUAGCUUUUAAAUUGUUUGGGCAGGCUGUUGUGCUCAACGGUUGGCCGAAAUGGGUGCCUUCUGCAGUCAGUCCCUGAAUUUUUGUUUCCUUUUUGCGCCCUUUCUUUUUCUUGUUAAAUUACAUUAUUAUUGGUGGCUGGAAAUGCCGUGUUGCCAUAAUUCAGAUGCUGCAUUGCACGCA